CAUGAUGUUACUUGAUUGGUCAUUGGUCUAGUUCUUACUUUAACAAUGUGGUCCCCGUUAUCUGCAAUGACCAGCUUCUAGUAGAGCAGAAAAGGGCCGAUCACAUGUAAAUUAUUUGUGGCAGACACACAUGGAAUGUGAACAGUGUUAAUAAUUGUUACAGAGGACAUCUGUAUCUGUACAUAUUAUUGGCUGUAAACCCCGAAUAGUCCGUUGAGGUACUAAAGAAUAUGUUCUUCUGCACAAACUCAUGACAGGGGUAUUACCCAGUACUUACUGUUUUUUUCUCAUGCUUUUCAUGUUGAUGGUUUUCAAAACAUAUACACAUUCCCCAAAAGAACAGUGGGUUCCUCUCCCAACAUUGGUUAUUCAUGUGCCCAAUCAUGGCAGCAGAAGAGGAGGAAAAUGGGUUGGUCAACAAUGGUGACAAGCACAAAGAUCCGGACAAAGCUGUAACAGAAAUAGUGGUGCUAGAUAGCGAUGCUAGUGAAACUGACAUCAUCAAUGGUGCUGAAAGUGGCAGUGGCAGGGCUGGUCGGUCCUCUUGUGUAUCCAGGGCACUACCACCUUUUCUGCUGAAAAUAUACGACAUGCUGGGGAACGAUGAAACCAACUCUCUAAUUUCAUGGAGCUCUACAGGAAAUAGCUUUGUUGUAACGAACCCUCAGUUGUUUGCUGUUAAUGUUCUACCCAUUUACUUCAAACACCGCAACUUCCAAAGCUUUAUUACCCAACUCAACUCAUACGGUUUCAAGAAAAUCAGUUGGGAGCAAUGGGAGUACAAGAAUGAAUAUUUCCGGAAGGGGGAGAAGCAUUUGCUCAAAAACAUCAAGAGAAUAUAUCGAAGUAAUUCCCACAGGACCCGGUCAGCAGCUCCGGGCGUAGACUCUUCUUCAUGCAGCAGGAACAUAGAGGAGAAACUCAAACUCUUGAAGAAGGAGAAUGAUCUAGUGAAUUCGGAAAUCAAGAAGUUGAAAGAGAAGCAAGAGAUAUUAGAAGAAAAAGUCGCUUCUCUCACAUAUCAAGCAGUAAACAAUGAGGAGAACACAGACAAUUCACUGAACAACCAGACAGAUCCUAAGCGCUUUAUUCAACAGGGUAAAAUGGUGUUGGACGAAGGAGAGACGGGACAGCAUCAGCCCAAUGCGUUCAAUUCAUUGGUGGACUUGAUUGGAGAAUCCUCCGACUGGGUGGAAUAUAUCAAAGAGAUGCAGGAGAAUGGCCAGUCAUCUCAAAUCUUGAACUCAAACUCAAUGUCUCAACUCUAA